AUGAGAGUGGAGAUGCAAAGGAGACAGAAUCUACCUCCACCAGGUUUUACUACCAAUGCUACUACUAAUGAGAGACCUCCUCUAUAUUCUCCCUCUUCAAACAUGGAUCCAGCUCAGAAUCCGCCGUCUACUCCUGCUCAAAAUCUAUUUUUAUCCCAACUGAGCACGACGUGCAUGGUUUUGAGAUUGACCAUUACGAGGACAAGGAAAGAGAGUGGAAGGAAAACGAAGAGGCAAAAGAAAAAUAUAAAAGAAGAGAUCAGAACAGUAGUGAAGAAGUUCAAAUUCAUUCCCGACGUUGCUGGUAUGAACUAUGAAGAUUUAUGCAUUCAUCCAAAUAUGGACCUCCAAGAAGGGUUCAAUAUUCCAAAAUUUGACACUUUCAGAGGAGUAGGGAAUCUUAUGACCCAUCUGAAAUCCUACUGCGACCAGCUUGUCGGGGUUGCUAGAGAUGAAUCUUUGUUGAUGCGUCUCUUUAGCCAAAAUCUAUGCGGGGAGGCUCUAGAAUGGUUCAAUUCCCAUGAGACUAGACAAUGGCCCAGUUGGAAUGCCUUGGCCAAGGAUUUUAUCAAUCGAUUUGCCUAUAAUAUAGAAAUCGUUCCCGAUAGCUACUCCUUAGAAAAGAUGAAGCAAAAGUCCACUGAGAGCUACAGAGGGUUUUAA